AUGCCGUUGCCAAAGCCCUGCAUUUACUUACCUGUCAAUGAACAGUCCGACACCUCCAAGAUAUGUGUCGUCAUGGUUGGCCUCCCGGCCCGUGGCAAAAGCCUCAUCGCCGGCAAAGCUAUGCGUUACCUAGGCUGGGUUGGUAUUCCAGCUCGUGUUUUCAACGUUGGUAACUACCGGCGUAACAACACACCCCAGCCUCAGGCUACUUUCUUCGACCCUCACAAUGAGGAGGGCGAGCGCAUGCGCCGAGCUGCUGCCCAGGCCGCCAUGUCUGACAUGCUCCAGUGGUUCAAGAAGGACAAGGGUGUCGUGUCUAUCCUUGACGCCACCAAUUCAACCAAGGAGCGUCGCAAGUGGAUCGCCCAGGAGUGUGCCGCUGCAGGCAUCGAGACUCUGUUUGUUGAGUCUAUCUGCGAUGAUGAGGACCUCAUCAUGAACAACAUCCUCGAGGUCAAGACCACCUCUCCCGACUACAAGGGCCAGGACCCUGAGUUGGCCGUUUCCGACUUCCGCAAGCGCAUCGGCAACUACCAGAAGGUCUAUGAGACCAUCGGUGAGGAUGAGAAGAGCUACCCAUAUGUCAAGCUGAUCAACGUGGGCUCUACCGUUAUCAUCAACCAAAUCAAGGAUUACCUGUCCAGCCGUCUGGUGUACUACAUCCAGAACCUGCACAUCAAGCCCCGCUCCAUUUGGCUCUCUCGUCACGGUGAAUCCCAGUACAACCUGACUGGUCGCAUUGGUGGUGACUCCAGCAUCUCUGAGCGAGGUGAAGCCUACGCUAGCGCUCUUCCCGAGCUGAUGCGCAAGUCCGGAAUCCCCGAGAACACCAAGAUCGUCAUCUGGACCUCGACUCUGCGCCGCACCAUUCAAACCGCCCGCCACCUGAAGACCGAGACCGGUUUCGAGAAGCUCGAGUGGAAGGCUCUCGACGAGUUGGACUCUGGCGUUUGCGACGGCCUGACUUACCAGGAGAUCUCUGAGAAGUACCCCGAGGACUUCAAGGCCCGCGACGACGACAAGUACAACUACCGUUACCGUGGAGGUGAAUCCUACCGCGAUGUCGUUAUUCGCCUGGAGCCUAUCAUCAUGGAACUCGAGCGUAGCGAGAACGUCAUCAUCGUUACCCACCAGGCUGUUCUGCGCUGCAUUUACGCUUACUUCAUGAACAUUCCCCAGGAGAAUUCGCCCUGGAUGGAGGUGCCUCUUCACACCCUCAUCAAGCUUACUCCUGGCGCCUAUGGAACCGACGAGAAGCGCUUCAAGGCCGACAUCCCGGCUGUCUCGACUUGGCGUGGUAAGGGUACUUCGGCUACCCACCAGGAGUUUCCCGCUGGGGGACACUAG